AUGGACGCAUGCGAUGCUGAAUCAACCGCCCCGAGCACCCUGCCCGGUCCCGGCGCAGCAACUCCCACCACACUAGGAGGCCACUCAGCCAUACAAGAAUGGCUGCAUUCGUCGUCACAGCCAAGGGACUGGCCGCACCCAGAGCCGGAGGAAGCCCCCCGACCGUCCAGAGUGACCCGGCUCUCCGACCCCCACGCCGGGACCACGGUCCUCAUAAUCGACAAGGAGCGCAACCGGGCGCUGGCAUGCCACGACGGCGGCCUACGCCUCGAGGACGCGGGCGACCUCGACGCCCUGGGGUCGAUCCCCGUCCACUGGCAGUGGUUCUCCGUCGAGACGGGCGGCUUCAAGGGGUUCAGGAGCGUCGCCAACGGCGGCUUCCUGGGCCACGACAUCUGGUGGGAGUUCUACGCCCGGGUCCACCACCACCUCGGGUGGGAGCACGCCACGCUGAGCAGGCGCGAGGGCGGCUGCUACUGGAUCCAGUUCGAGCACUGGUGGACGCUGCGCCAGCUGUGUGCUCGCGGCGACGGCAACGGCGUGUACUGGCAGCAGGAUAAUGGUACGCUGUGGGAGUUUGUGGAGGUGCACGGGGCUCGGGAUUGA